UUGUAUGACAAAUCGAUUACAACAGAACUUGUUAGCUGCUGUCUAGCAUCAAAGAUGAACUCCGAAUACAGGUAACAAAAGGCAGGAGUGAUGUCGCCGGAAAAGAUUGCCAUGGAAUUUUCACUAUUGAUUUACCAGGCAUGAUGAAUGUCAGCAAAGAAAAGGAGGAAGAAGACGAAAUGGGAUCAGAUUUAACGAAACUCGAAUUCGUUGGAUUUAUUUUCUUCGCUAUUGUCAACGUUGUAUGUAAUGUUUUGGUCUGCAUUGUGAUUCGCCGAAGUCGCCGUGUACAGUCCACCACGAACUAUUUCGUAGCCUCCCUCUCAAUGGCCGACGUGCUCUUUUCAGUGCUAGUUAUGUCCUUUGUGACUGGGGACACGCUGGCAGGAGGUUGGAUUUUUUCUGAUGUUAUAUGCCGCGUUGUUCGUUUCGUGCAAUAUACGUUGCCAGGAAUUGUUAUUUAUCUUCUGCUCUCCAUCUGCGCCGACAGGUACUAUACAAUCAUUUAUCCCUUGAGUUUCAAAAUAAGAAGAGGCACCGCGAAGCGGAUGAUUAUUAUUAGUUCAAUUGCGAUCUCUAUUCAUUGCAUCAUGUGUUUAUAUGUUUUUCAAGAGGAUCAAACAAUCAGCGGAAACAGUGUAUGUAGAUCGUAUGUAAAUAUCGAGGACACCAAUCUUUUAUUUGGUUUAUACAUGCUGUCGAUUGUGCUGCUACAGUAUGUUGUCCCAGUUGUUAUUGUAUCAAUUCUGUAUACAAAAGUCUUUCGCCAUAUUUGGAAAGCAAAAGACGGUUGUUGUUCUUUCCAACGAACAAGUAACAUAGUUUCUCGAACAAAAGAGAACAUGGUUAAGCUUCUAAUGCUUACAACAGUUGUAACAGCUCUGUCUUUCUUGCCGCUAUACGUGACCAGCACAAUAUAUUGCUUUCAGAAAUUCCAUGCCAAGAACAACUUUAUAGUCCGAAUUUGUACAUGGUUAGUAUUCCUAUGUGGAUUGAUCAAACCUUCAUUGUAUUUUGUGUACAAUUCUAACUUUAGAAGAGGAUGCCGGGAAAUUCUGUGUUUUUCAGGUUCGCGUUGUUACAGAAGCAACACUUACGCCAUAACAAUUGCGCCAUCUUUUGGGAAAAAGAAUUUCGUUGGAGUAAUGCCACCAGACAAUGGAAGAGCCUCGCCAAUCCGUGCCUUUGACCGUUCAACGCACUGUGAUCCGAACCCUUGGGGAAACAACAAUUCUGUUACGUCAUAUAUUUGAUUAUAUUACGUAAGCCCGCUUUAAAUAAUCGUUUUCUUAAUGUUAAGAGUUUGUUAAAAAAUAUUAUGUACUUUUGAAUAAA